AUGGCGGCAGCACUAUUGCAAGUGCUGGAGCGCUCCGAGACGAUUAAACUGCCAAAAGCAGUACAAAAUAAACUCGAGAAGUUUAUUUCGGAUCAGCAAUAUGAAAUAGACUCUCUGAAGGCGCAGCUGGAGCAGUUUAGAGUCGACAGCGAGCAACAGUUCUUCGAGAAAGUGAAACGACUUGAACAGUGCCAGGAAGAGUUUGUGUCUCAGACUCAGGAAUACCAUAAACUGAAGGAGGAGUUCUCCAAGACUGAUGAGGAACUUAAAAUUGCACGUGAGAAGAACAAGGACUAUGAAGGCGCACAAGAGAGGUUGUCAUCAGAACAGCUCCUGCUGUCAAAAGCCAAAGAGGAACUGGAGGCAGAAAAGCGAGAGCUUGUGCGAACAUUGGAGAGGAGAUCCUUGGAGGUGGAGCAUUCAAAUGAGGACUUAAGGCAGCUCAAUGAAAAAUUUGUGGAAGUCAGUGCUUCCAAGAUGGGGCUACAAAUGAAAUUAGAUGAACUUGAAGCAGCAGAGGUCAACAUAAAGUACAGGGAGAAGCGUAUGGAACAAGAGAAGGAGCUGCUGCAUGGCCAGACGACUUGGUUAAAUGAGGAGCUGAAGGCCAAGAGUGAAGAACUACUGUCUCUGUCCCGUCAGAAGGGUAACGAGAUCCUCGAACUCAAAUGCAGCCUGGUGAAUAAAGAAGACGAGUUGAACAGACUUCAAGACCAAGUGGCUAGUUUGAAGACUUCAAAUGAGCACCUUCAGAAGCAGACUGAAGACAUGAUCAGCAAACUAAAAGAUGCCAAGGAGCAGCAGAUUACCAUGGAGGAAAAGUUCAGAAACGAGCUGAAUGCCAACAUUAAGCUGUCCAAUUUAUACAAGGGAGCAGCAGCAGACUCUGAAGCAAAGAGUGAGGAACUGAGUCAGGCAGUGGAGGAGCUGCAUAAGCUGCUGAAAGAUGCUGGAGAGGCAAACAAAGCCCUCGAGGAGAAGCUGCAGGAGAUGAACAGUGCAAAAGAAAAGACAGGGGAUGAGCUGAGGGAAAGGAUCCAGUGCCUUGAGAAAGAGCUUGACAACGCCAAUGAGCUGCUCUCAGACUCCAAACAUAGAGGCCCUGUCGGUGCGACCUCAUUGCUGUCAGAGGAGCAAAUGACAACCAUGUCCCCAACAGCAGCAGCUGUAGCCAAGAUAAAACCUGGCAUGAAGCUGACUGAGUUGUAUACAGCAUAUGUGGAGAGCCAGGAGCAACUGCAGUUGGAGCGCCUGGAGAACAAGCGGGUCAACAAGUAUCUGGAUGACAUAGUGCAGGAAGUAGAAGCCAAGGCCCCUAUUCUCAAACGGCAGAGAGACGAGCACGAGCGGAUGCAGAAAUCAGUGGCCAGUCUGUCUACCAGGCUGGAGCAGGCUGUGAAGGAGGUGCACCGGCUGCAGAAGGAGGCUGAUGAGUCUAACAAGCGCUCCUCUGUCCUGGAAAGGGAAAACCAGCGGUCUGAACUGCAGCUGGCAGAUAUGGCCCAGCAGGUGCGUGUACUGCUGAUCGAGCUGGAGGAAGCACGUGGAAACCACGUUAUUCAGGAGGAGGAGGUGAGCUCAGCUGAUAUCAGCAGCACCUCAGAAGUAAUCAGCCAGCACUUGGUGACCUUCCGUGGCGUGGAAGAGCUACAGAGGCAGAACCAGCGCCUCCUGACAGCCCUCAGGGAGCUCAGCGAAGCCCAGGAGCAGGAGGAGUUUGAAGCAGUCGGUGCCAAGCAUGGUGAGCUGGAGCAGAGUCUGGAGAAAGCCCAAGCUGAGCUGGAGACCUUGAGGGAGCAGCGCAACCAGCAGACACAGAUGACUGAGUCCAUAGUGAGACAGAGGGACAUGUACCGUGUGCUUCUGGCUCAGGCAACUGGAGUCAGCUUCCCCCAGCAAGGUACAGCACCUGAGGAGUUCUCACUGACCUCCACCCCCCGGCGCUCCCCAGCAACUACCCCCACUACAGCAACACCCACUGCACUGGUCUCCAUGGCAACAGAGUCUGCAGAGGCAUUGGAGGCUAAGGCAGCUCUGCGACAGUUGCAGGAAGUGUUUUCCAUCUAUAAGAAGGAGCGUGUGGAGAGUGAGAAGGCGCUGACAGAGCAGAGUGAGAAGCUCCAGGAGCAGCUUUCUGACCUCCGCUCCCAGAAUGCCAAGACAUCCACCCAGCUGGAGUUUGCUUCAAAGAGGUAUGAGAUGCUGCAGGACAAUGUUGAGGGCUACAGGAAAGAGAUCGCCUCCCUCAGAGAGAAGGGACAGAAGAUGGCCACCGCCGCCCAGAAAAACGAGCAGACCAUUCACACCCUGAAUGAGGACCUGAAAGCUGCCCAGGAAAAACUCAACAUGGCUGAGGGUCGUGCUGAGAACCUGCGUAAGGAGAAGGACAUGCUGAAGUUGGCGGAGUCCAGAUUGAUUCAGGAGAAAGAGACCAUCCUGAACCAACAACACAGCCAGAACCUGCUUCUCACCAACCUCCAGGCCAUCCAGGCCUCGCUAGAGCGCUCAGAAACUGAUACCCGUCAGCGUCUGAACCAGCAGUUGGAGAAGCAGGAGCGGGAGAUCUCCCAGCUGCAGAAGAGGCUGGAGCAAGAGGUGGAACAGCGUCACCUGCUCAGCAGAAACCAGGAAAUCCAGUUAAUUGAUGCGAAGAAGCAGUUGGAGACCCAGGUGGCCCUGCACCAGAAGACCAGGGAGCUGCUGAAUGCUGCCCAGCUGGAGGUCAACACCCUGAGGCUGCAGCAAGGCAGCAGCGAAGCACGCCUCACCCUGAGCUCACCCUCUACACCCACCGUGGGCUUUAGAGGCCUCCAGGGUUCAGAUCAGGACAGAGAGGACCUGCGCAGCCGUCUGCGACAGGCUGAAACACGGGCUGAAGAGCUGGCAGAGAGCCUGAGGGUGGCAACCUCCGACAUGGAGCAGUACAAAGCCAUGGCUCAGUGCCUUGAGGAGUCCCUGGACAGAGAAAAACAGGUGACAGAACAGGUGCGCUCCUCCACCGAGUCCCGUGUGAAGGAGGCAGAGGAGCAGCACCACCAGCUAGAGGGGAAGCUUCUGGUUGCAGAGAAAGAGAAACAAGAGCUGGAGGAGGAUAAGAGGAAAGCCCUGGCUUCUUUAGAGGAACAGAUGAGUGAGCUGCGGAGGAGUCUGAGCAGCGCCCAGGCAGAACACCAGGAGGCGCUGCAGAGAGUUGCAGAAGCUGAAGCCCAGCAGCAGCAGGCCAUGUGUGACAGCAAGGAGCAGGCUAAGCUUGCAGCUGAGGCACAAGAUAAGUAUGAGCGGGAGAUGAUGCUGCACGCAGCGGAUGUGGAGGCCCUGCAGGCGGCCAAGGCUCAGGCCCUGCAGGCAGUCGAAUUCAGACACCAGCUGGAGGAGAGGGCUGAGAGGGUCGGCGCUCAGCUGUUGGAGGCAAGGGUCUCUUGGGAGGAGCAGGAAAAGAUUCUCAAGGAGGAGAUGUCUAAGGUGGAGAGCCGUUGUAAGGAGUUACAGGGGCAGAACACUCUUCUUCACGAACAGAUCCAGGCAAUGAGCAGCAAGAUGGCUGCCAACCUGCAACGUGCUGCCAGUGAGCUCCCCAUGAACAUCUCACUCACUGAGGAGGAAAAAUCUCAAGACCAACUCCUGGAGAUCCUCAGGUUUGUGCGUCGGGAGAAGGAAAUCGCAGAGUCUCGUUUUGAGGUGGCACAAGGGGAGAGCUUGCGUCACCGUCUGAGGGUGGAGCACCUGGAACGAGAGCUGAAAGAGAUGCAGGAUAGUCUGAACGCUGCAAGGGAGAGGAUGCAGGUUACAGCUAAAACCCUGGCUCAGCACGACGAACUUAUGAAGAAGACAGAAACCAUGAACAUCCUGAUGGAGACCAACAAGAUGCUGAGAGAAGAGAAGGACAAGAUGCAGCAAGAACUGCAGCAAACCCAGGCCAAGGUGCGCAAACUGGAGUCGGACAUCUUGCCGAUGCAGCAGGCCAACUCUGAGUUGAGUGAGAAGAGUGGCAUGCUGCAGGCGGAAAAAAAGAUUCUGGAAGAGGACAUCAAACGCUGGAAGGCACGGACGCAGCAUUUGGUGAGCCAGCAGAAAGAUUCAGAUCCAGAGGAGUACAAGCGUCUGCACAUUGAGAAAGAGGCACACCUCAAACGUAUCCAACAGCUCAAUGAAGACAACAGCAGACUUAAAGCAGAGGUGGCAAGUGUGGGUAAUUCCCUAAAGAGAGAGCUGGAGGUCAAGAAUCAAGAUCUCCAGGAGAAGAUGCGCACCAUCACUCAGGUCAAGAAGAUUGGACGUCGCUACAAGACCCAAUACGAUGAGCUCAAGGUGGAGUAUGACAAGAUUGUUGCUGAGGCGGCGGCAGGCCCGUCCCAGGAACAGGAGGCCCGUCAGGCUUCAGUCCAGGAACUUCAGAGCCUGAGGGAUUCCCUGGGCCAGGCUGAAACCAAAACCAGAGAUCUGGAGGCACAGCUGGAGAACCUCACCAAGGCGAUUGGGGAGCGUGACACUGAGAUACGCAACGCCCAGGAGCAGUCAUCCAGGCUGCAAGCGGAGCUGUCCAGGUUGAGGCAGGAGCUGCAGGACAAAGCUUCCCAGGAGGAAACACGGAGACAGCAGCUCGCUGACAAGGAGGAAAAGACCAGGAAGGCCUUCAUGGGUGCCAAGCAGAAGAUCAGCCAGCUCAUGGCCUCCAAAGACCAGCUGCAGAAAGAGAACGAGGAACUGAAGCAGCAACGUGAGGAGCUGGAGGUGCGAGUGAGUGCUCUCAAGUCUCAGUACGAGGGCCGUCUGAGCCGGCAGGAGAGGGAGAUCAGAGACCUGCGAGGCCAGCAGGAGAGACAGGAACAGAGAGACGAGCCGCCUGAGGCAGGACCCAGCAAGACUCAGGAGCAGCAGAGGAGCACAGAGCAGAGACAGAUCAGUCUGAAGACUACCCCAGCUGCAGACAGGGGCAGUGCCAGUACCUCUGAGCCACCAACUGCCAACAUCAAGCCAACACCUCUAGUGGCUACAGGCAGCAAGCAGCCAGUCAACCCAGGGAACAAACCCACUCCAAGGGCAAGCAUCAGGCCCAUGAUCACCCCCGCCACCGUACCCACCCCGACACCCACUGCUACUGUCAUGCCCACCACACAGGUGGAAACUCAGGAAGCCAUGCAGUCUACUGAAGGUCCACCAGUGGAACACAUGUACGGCAGUGCCAGCGGCUCAGUGCGCUCCACCAGCCCCAACGUCCAGACCACCUUAGCUAGCCCCAUGCUCACUGUGCAGCAGACCCAAACACAGGCCACUGCGUUCGUCCAACCAACACAGCAACAGAGCCAGACCCAUGCAGAACCAGCCAAUCAGGAACCACCUCCUGUGGUGAUGGAGGCAGCACCCAGCUCACAGGUGGAGAGGCCUUCAACCUCGUCAGCGCCAUUUGGAACUGUUUCAGCAACACCAGGAACCUCCUCAAUGUCCAAGAGGCCUCGUGAAGAGGAGGACAGCACCACUGUGGUCACCGACACAGAGACCGCCCAGGAGGAUUCCUCUGAGCCCCCAAUCCCAAAGAAGUUACGCAUCAUCCAGAGGGUGGGCCCUGAGGAGGAGGUGCUAGCUGAGGACAGCACAGAGGCAGAGGGUGUGGUGCCAACAGACUCUCAAGAAGGUCCCGAAGCCAGCCAGGCAGAAGAGUUUCCAGUGCUCGGGGAGGGCGAUGAGAGUGGAGCCUCCCAGUCCGUGCCCGUGGAGCUAGAGGUCACUGUGACCCGCACCGACACCCCUGACCAGCCGCAACAGGACGUCAUCGUCAUAGUGACUGACACAGAGAGUGAGGAUGACCAAGAAGAGGAAGAAGACGACGAGGAGGAGGAAGAAGAGCCGGACUAUGAGGAGGAGGAUGAAGAGGAAGACGAGGAUGAGGAGGACGAGGAAGAUGAGGAUGAAGAUGAUGGAGGGAUGGGGGAGGAAGGAGAAGACAGCAAUGAGGGGAGCGGAGACGGCAACGAGGCCUAUGAAGCAGACGACACAGAGGGAGCUGAUGUAACAGACCCAGGCACGGAGACAGAGGAGAGUCUGGGGGCGUCUGACUCCACCCAGCGGCUGGCUGACUCCCAGACACCCAGCUUUGAAACCACCACGAUGGAGGCCUUCUCCACAGAACAACCUAUCACAAGCUCCGGUUCACGCAUGCCCCAGUCGCCACGGAGACCACCUCAUCAGCUGCCCCCUCACCUCAACAUCCACCCAGCCCAGACACCUGAGCUGGGGCCUCCUGCUCAGGUUCAGCGUAUCCCAAUUCGUCGCCAGUCACAGGGCCGAGCACCCCAGCUUACGCCCGGAAUGGCCAGCAGUGCUCAACACUUCUUUGAUGACGAUGACAGGAUGGUUCCCAGCACUCCCACUCUGGUGGUGCCGCACCGCUCGGAUGGUUUUGACCAGGCCAUCCAUUCCCCCCAGGUGGCCGGUGUACCCCGAUUCAGGUUUGGCCCUCCAGAGGACAUGCCACAGACCAGUUCCUCCUCCCACUCUGACCUGGGACAGCUUGCGUCACAAGGAGGUCUGGGGAUGUAUGAAAGCCCCCUGUUCCUCGCACAUGAGGAGGAGUCUGGUGGUCGCAGCGUUCCCACAACACCACUCCAAGUUUCAGCACCAGUAACAGUAUUCUCUGAGGUGCUCCCUUCUGACGGCACAGAGCACGCCUCCCAGUCGGUUCCCAUGGUGACCACAUCCACGCCAGGUUUGGUUAUGCCAGCAGGAGCCAGCACAGGAGAGGAGAGAGAUGACGUGUUCCUAGAGCCAGACACCGACAGGCCCAGUGCGGAAGCGUCAGUGGAUCCUGUGGUGUCGCAGGGGGACAUGGAGGAGCCGAGCCAGCCGUCUGACGAGGCCAGCCUCCCCUCCACUAGUCAGGAGCCCUCAUCCAGCUCUGCAGAUACAAGCAGCGGUCCACCCAAACAGUCUAGACCUGGGCCCAGCAGACAGCUGCAGCGCUGGUCAGAGAACCGUGGGGGCCGCAUGAAGAGAGGGCAGCCAUUUCCUUCUCGAGGUAUACACGGGAGACGAUUUGCCAGAUGAAGCGCUCAACCAGCAUUUCAGCCAUGAUUGACAACCUUGACAUCAUUCCUGACCGUGAAACAAUAUUUUUCCAGUUGAGUGUUCAGAUUCUCUCUUGAUUAUGUUCUCUUAAUUUGCCUGUGCUUUGUUUUGUUUGUUUUUGGGUUUUGUUUUGUUUUGGGUUUUUUUUGCUCUUAGAAAGUACUGUUAUAAGUGCAGUCCAUGCUAAAGCAAUGUGUUAUAUGACAAAACAAUAAAGUUUAACACUUUUGAGAA